AUGGCACGCUCCACUAUUGCUUUGUUUUCCCUUUCCCUUUCUCUGUUGGCGUCUUCCGGCGGAUGCGUUACCCAAUCUAACGCAAAGGUCGUCCUCGACGCCAACUGGCGCUGGGUCCACAACACCGGGGGCUACACCAACUGCUAUACUGGCCAAGCCUGGGACUCCACCCUCUGCCCCGAUCCCAAGACUUGCGCUACCAACUGCGCUGUCGAUGGAGCUGAUUACAGCGGCACCUACGGUAUCACCACCAGCGGCAACGAACUCUCCCUCAGGUUCGUCACCGGAUCCAACGUUGCUCCCUUGCGGACUCAACGGCGCCCUUUACUUCUCGGAGAUGGAUGCAGAUGGUGGAAUGUCAAGUACCCAACCAACAAGGCUGGUGCCAAGUACGGCACUGGGUACUGCGAUGCGCAAUGCCCUCGUGACAUCAAGUUUAUCAACGGAGAGGCCAACGUCAGCGGAUGGAAGGGCUCUGACAGUGACCCCAACUCCGGUACCGGUCAGUAUGGUACCUGCUGCACGGAGAUGGAUAUCUGGGAGGCGAACUCGGUUUCCACCGCAUAUACCCCUCACCCUUGCUCGGCUAACGGCCAGGAGAGGUGCGACGGAGAUGGCUGUGCUUCCGUCUGCGACCAAGCUGGAUGCGACUUCAACUCGUUCCGCAUGGGAGACAAGAGCUUCUACGGUACAACCGUUGACCCCAAGCAAAAGGUGACUGUCGUCACUCAAUUCAUCACUGCCGACGGUACCGCUACCGGUGAACUCUCCGAGAUCAGGCGCAUCUACGUCCAGAACGGCAAGGUCAUUCAAAACUCGAAGACACAAAUCUCCGGCAUGGACUCUUACGAUUCGAUCACCCCCGAAUUCUGCACUGCUCAAAAGAAGGCAUUCUCUGACAACGACACCUUCGCCGCUCGCGGUGGAUUCUCUGGCAUGAGCAAGGCCUUUGAUAACGGAAUGGUUUUGGUCAUGAGCAUCUGGGACGACCACGCUGCCAACAUGCUCUGGCUCGACAGCAACUACCCCGCCGACCGCGAUGCUAGCCAACCUGGCGUUGCUCGUGGUACUUGCGCUACUACAUCCGGUGCUCCUUCCGAUGUCGAAAAGAAUUCCGGUAGCGCUACCGUCAAGUUCUCGAACAUCCGCUUCGGUGACCUCGACUCUACCUACACUGCAUAA